UGUCUACUCGCAGUUGGAACAUUGGAACACAUGUGCCUUCGGUGAUCCAAUCCAACUACUGACAGCCUCAAGCCCUGACGGCAAUGAACCCAGCAAACGAAGUUUCGCAAGGGAUUCGGUACAUAGUAGCCGAAGAGAUGAGUGAUGAAAUUAUCACGAAACGUGAGAUUGCUCUUCAUCUCUUGCGAAUCGGGAUAGGAUGUGCUAUUUCAUAUAUGACCAUCAAGAUUAUGAUGAAGUACUUAGAUCCAACUCGGCAGCAGAAGCAGGAGGCAGCCCGAAAGGCAAAGGAAAUCAUGAAGAGACUUGGGAUAAACCGAGAUGUGAAGUUUUCAGAGCAUGAGCUGGCCAUUGCCAGUCAGCUUGUGGAGCCUUCCACAAUUCAGACCAGCUGGAAUGACAUUGCUGGUUUGUCAAGUAUCAUUGAAGAGCUCCAGGAGACACUCAUCAUUCCAAUCGCUCAAAGAGAGAGGUUCAAGGGUUCCACGCUCAUCAAGCCUCCGAAAGGUGUCUUGCUGCAUGGUCCUCCAGGAUGUGGGAAGACAAUGCUGGCUCGUGCAACAGCUAGAGAAGCUGGUACAAGGUUCAUCAACCUUCAGGUUUCUAUGCUAACAGACAAAUGGUAUGGAGAGAGUGAGAAACUUGCUGCUGCUGUUUUCACUCUUGCCAAGAAGGUUCAGCCCUGCAUCAUAUUCAUUGAUGAAAUAGAUUGCUUUCUUCGAUCUCGUGAUGGAAAGGACCAUGAAGCAACAGCUAUGAUGAAGGCCCAAUUCCUCUCCCUCUGGGAUGGGUUGGCCAAUGAUGAAGAAAAUAUGGUGGUCAUUGUUGGAGCUACAAAUCGUCCACAAGACAUUGACCGGGCCAUUCUUCGUCGCAUGCCAGCUGCCUUCCAGAUUGGAUAUCCCGCGGACGAGCCGGCGAAGGACCCAGACCAGCUCUCUGAUGCCCAUGCGCCGGCCGCUGUAGAGACGGGGUUCAAAGGUACAAAACUCAUGGGAUGCUGACCCCAUCCCCGAGGAUCGAGGAUUCGUCUCGACUCUGGAUCUCAAAUUCAGUUGGUGAAUCGUGUCGGGUUCUUGUUCUCCAAGCUGAGAGACAGUCUCUUCCUCAUCAGGCUUAUGAAGAAUUUUUUUUUCUCAGCCGCCUUGAUGAACAAUCGUCAUAAAAUUUUGUGAUACAACUCUUCAGUUUUCGUAUCCAGAGGAGUGC